UGACUAGGGCCAUUGGAGACCUGCCAGGAGGCACAAAUGACUCAGUUUUGUCACCUGCAGCAUCACAUAAUGAGCUCAACUCACAGGAAGUUAAGGAUAACCUACUGCUCCUGCACCUCGUUGAAAACUUUGCUGAUUUACUGUCUGAAACACUUUUAGAAAAUAACCCUUCUCUCCUAGAAUUUGUUGUGGAAACGUUAAAUCGAGUUACCCUCCUAUCAAAGAGUACUGAAAUGGACAGUUUGGUCUUGCAAUCAACCAUAUUUUGCCUUACACUUCUGAGCCUCCUGAUCUCUACAGAAGACACGGCUGCAGGAGGAAAUAACGAAGUGUGGCAACAGUGUUACAAGUGCCUCGCGUCCUUGGCAGGCAGCCACAGCAGCACUGAAAUAAGGAAAUUAGCACACCAAUUGCAGGUGUCGGUAGCAAGUCAAGGGAUGGCAGCACCACCACAGAAGUUGAGUGCCACAAGUAAUGCCGGCUGUUUUGCACGACGGGUGGCAGACGACAAGCAAGCCAGAGCUGAACGUCAAAAGAAGUUGACUACUAUUGCUGCUGGUUUUAACAUUCUGUCUAUUGAUGAUAGCCUUGGCUGUGAAGCAGAGACUGCUAUACCCUCUCGACAGCGACUUGGAGAGUAAACUGCUGGGGUGGCGGCACAAUCAUCGGGUGUCCCAUC